UCUCUUGCACACACAUAUUUCUCCUGCUUCUCCUCAUCCUCAAAGUGUCAAGAUGGAAACUCUUCCUUUCAUCGUUGGAAUCAUAGGCAACAUCAUUUCAGUUCUCAUGUUUCUUGCCCCGGUAGGGACAUUCAGAAGAAUAGUACAGAAUAAAUCAACAGAGGAUUUUGAUAGCCUUCCAUACAUUUGUACAUUGCUUAAUUCAUCUUUGUGGACUUACUAUGGAAUUAUUAAGCCAGGCAGCUACCUUGUCUCUACUGUCAAUGGCUUUGGAGUCAUCGUUGAGACGAUCUACAUUGCUUUGUUCCUCAAAUUUGCUGAUAAAAAAAUGAGAAAAAAUACAGGCAUCCUAGCUGGGAUUCUGAAUGUGGGGAUUUUAGCAACGAUUCUAUUAUUGGCGCAGUUCAUUUUACAUGGAGAGAUGAGAAUUAACGUUAUUGGUUUCCUGUCCACAUGUUUAAACAUCAUCAUGUAUAGCUCCCCUCUUGGUGUUAUGAAAACAGUGGUGAGAAGUAAGAGUGUUGAGUUUAUGCCAUUUCUUCUCUCAUUUUUCUUUUUCUUAAAUGGUGGCGUUUGGACAUUGUACGCCCUGCUUGUGAGUGAUUGGUUUCUUGGGGUACCAAAUGGAAUUGGAUGGUUUCUUGGAGCAGUGCAGCUGGUUAUAUAUGUAAUUUACCGCAGCCCUAAUUCAUCUGUGGAAGAUUUAGAACAAGGAGACCAAACGGAACGCUUGCUGCCACCUUCUUCCACCCCAACACUACAGUAAAUAUAUACACCCAACACAAUAAGUACUAUUUGUUUGUUAUUUCAUUUUAAUCUGCUGCGAGUAUUAGUGUGACGGUCUAUGUUGUUCAAAUUCUUCUAAAAAAAUCUAUGAAUGCGUGUUGAAUCCUCUAAAAAUAGUGUUUUUGAA